GCCCCUCCUCCAAGUCUCAAGUCCUUGCUCGCGUGUUAAAAGCCGGGCGGCCGGCCACGCCACCUCCAACCAGUCGAUCCCCAACUCGCCAGCGCACCACUACCCUGCUCAGCCUGACACCCGGUCUACGCCAUUCCGUAAUCAGCAGUAUACACGAUUGCAGGAGCCAUGCUCGGGAGGAAGCAGAGAGGAGGCUCGUCGCCGCCCAAGCCCCACGCGGAGGACGCGGGCUUCGCCGGCGCCACCCACGGCCACGGCGCCGGGCAGGAGGUGCAGCUCGACGAGGCAGCUCGGGAGAGGCUGGACCGCAUGAACCGGCGGCUGAGGCUGCUGGAGCAGCAGAUGGAGACGCUGGAGGCGGAGCUCGGGAGGGCCAGCGCCGCCGACAACAGCUACGAGUAGCCAGCUUGAAGCUUUCUUUCGCUUUUCGUUUCUUGCUGAUGAGAGAAUACGAAGUAGGAGUACGAUCUUUGCUUGCUUCGUGCGAUCGAGAGGUCUGAUCCUCUGGCUCGUUUGGAAAAGCAUGUGCAGACAUGAGCUCAUCUUGUCACUUUCAACUCCUGUGGAAAAUUCCCUAAAAAAUACAGUACUAAUGUGGAAAAUGGCUGCUGUCUAAGCAUGCAUGCUUGACCUUUGACUUUGUACAACGGACCGCGGAGUUCAGACAUAAACGAGCUCACUGAAGUUAUCUUAACA